CUUAGAAUCGUCUCGAUGAGGAACGCAGCGCAGCCGGCCCAGAUUCCGACGAGCUUCGGCAACGAGCUGAGGGCUUGCCUCCGUUGCCGCCUCGUCAAGACCUACGAUCAGUUCAGAGAGAACGGGUGCGAGAAUUGCCCAUUCUUCAAGAUGGAAGAAGAUAGCGACCUGGUGAACGAGGGCACUACUCCCAAUUUCAAUGGGAUUAUCUCAGUCAUGGAUUCUGACCGGAGCUGGGCUGCCAAGUGGCUCCGCAUUUCGAGGUUCGUUCCCGGCUGCUACACUCUCGCUGUUUCUGAGGCUCUCUCUGAGGAUUUGCAGAACAUAUGUGAAGAUGAGCGCGUGCAGUAUGUACCACCAAAACGCGUAUGAGCUUUGCCUAAUGAUCAGAUUACGGUCACUUCUGGAAGCAAGUUAGCUUGUUAUGGAAACACUUUGUGAAAUACUAAACUGGGACACGUGAUGUACUGAAUCUGAAGUUCUGUUGUUAAUAUGAAUGAUCUGCAAGA